AGUUUUUAUUUGCAAACUUUAUUUUUAUAAAAUAAUAUAAUUCAAAACGAAGAAGUCUGUGUAAGUAACGAGAAUAGAGGAAAACAUGUGGUUUUGUCCAAACCACGCCACUCCCUUUCAGAAGGUUCUUGUUCCCUCCGUCUCCGCCACCUCAUGGAGGCAGAGCCACGGCGUCUCCGCCACCGCCGACCAAAAAGGUGGGAAAUUAGGGCACACCCUUCUGGGCGUUAUCCGUUCCAAUUCGACUCCAAUUCCGAAACUAGCAGAACAAGAAGGAGAGAUCAGUGGGUCAGAUGUACUUUGGGCACUGCAGAGAGCGAGUGCUCGGAAGAAGAAGAACAGGAAGAAUAAGAAAGAGCAUCGGAGGGACGAAUCCUCUGUGGCCACUCUCACCGAACAAUCUGCUGCGGAUUACACCAACGUUCGCCCACUCUCUGUAAAUGCAAAUUGGGCUGCUAAAUUGGAGGACUUGGAUAAACGUCUUCGUGAGCUUUCUGAUACAAUUUGAUUUCACUGUUGUUGUUUACAUCAAGAUCUAUAUUUUUUUUUCCUCUGAUAAUAAUUUAACAUAGUUUGCUUUUAAAUGGUUGCUUAAUUUUGGGUCACCUGAACGUGGUGUGCGUGCUUUUGCUUGAAGAGUGGAACUUUGGUUUUCAGUAUUAUACUAAAUGGAUGGAGUAGCAAUGAAUUAGCAACUUGGAAGAAUAUUAUUUUGGAAUUUUUAAUUUUAUUGAUAAAGGCAUGAUUAGGUUUGGAUUUGAUUCUUCAUUCUUGUCUGGCUUUUCUCCACUUGCAAAGAAGUUGGGUUAAUAAACUUGAAAAGUUCUCUUGGAAUCAAUGUUUGAUACUCAACAGUAUUACUUAAUGAUAUUAUAAGCAUGAUCCUUUAUUA